GCGGUGCAUCGGUGGGCGGAGUCAGAGAGACGCGUUCACUCAAUACCUGGCUGGUAGCUGCGGUGCAUUGACUGCUGGUUUUUCUUUUCUUUGUAAUUUAUAAUUUCUGCCAAACUAAUGGAACAACUAAACUGCAGAGGACAGCUCAUUACGUAUUGUGCUCACAACAAUUUGGUGCUCAGAUUUGAUCAAACUUUACAAACUGGACAGCCUCAUGAUCCAAUGUUUACUGCUCGUGUUUAUGUAAAUGAAGAGCUACUUGGAGAAGCUCAUGGGAAGAAGAAAAAAGAAGCAGAGAACAAAGCUGCCAGAAAUGCUCUGAAAACACUAGAGAAUCGUGAACUUCAAGCUUUGCCAGCAGCACUUAACCUAAGCGAUCACCAGGAAUCGAAUACAAGGGAAUCAGAAAAAAAUGAAACAACUAAUGGCUCUGCUCAAGGACCUCAGGCUCAACCAAACUAUGUUGGAAUAUUCAAUCAAUUUUGCCAGAAGAAAGGAUGGGGAGGUGCAGGUUUCCGUGACACUGGUUGCCGAGGACCACCACAUUUUCAAGAAUUUUUUGUAAGGGCGACAAAUGGUAUAAAAGACUUCCCGGAAGCAAAAGGAAAAAGUAAAAAGCAAGCAAAACAUAAGGCUGCGUUUCUGGCUAUAUUAGAGUUGAAAAGAGACCAUCCACCAGAUAUUCUGCUACAGUCAGUCAUUCCAGAAUCCUACGUAGAUGAAUCUGGCUCUGAAACGCCCGGAAGCACUGACAGCGUUCACUUAGACUCGGGAAAUGGCCAUACAGGGACAGCAGGUACAGAUGUUAAGGUCUCCUUUGGUUCCAGUACAAGUGGAAUUCCCUCUACCCCCGAGAUGCCAGAAGACUGUUCUAAUGAAGUAUCCAUUUGUUUCCUUAGCCCACUUAAAGGCUUUGACAACAUAACGAAUCUUGAUAAAGGUGGAUUUGGAAAUGUUUUUAAAGCAAGAAAAAUAUUGGACAAAAAGUUUUAUGCUGUGAAAAGAGUAGCAUUAAAAAAAGAAGCAACACUUUUGGAGGUCCAAGCUUUGGCAAACAUGGAUCAUCCAAAUAUAGUUCGAUAUUACAAUUCCUGGACAGCCAAUGACUUCUCUUCAGGGUUCUGCUCUACCAGUAGUAGUAGCAGUGAAACUGAAACUAGUACUGGAAAUACUAUCAAAAUGUCCCUUUUUAUACAAAUGGAAUUAUGUGAAGAUGGUAAUUUGAAGGAAUGGAUUGAAAGGAUGCAAACAGUUGAUAAGAACAAAAGUCUUGAUGUAUUUCAGCAGAUUGUGGAAGGAGUUAUAUAUAUUCAUUCCAACAACUUUAUUCACAGAGACCUAAAACCAGCAAAUAUAUUAUUUUCUAAGAAGAAGGUUAAAAUAGGUGACUUUGGAUUGGUGGCUCAGAUCAAAGUUGAACAGGAGAUUCAGGCACUGCAGCGUACGCAGGGCGCUGGAACACCAAUGUAUAUGGCCCCAGAGCAGUCAGGAAGCUUUUAUGAAAAUGAAGUUGAUAUCUUUCCAUUAGGACUAAUACUGUUUCAACUAUUGUGGAUAUUUAAAACUUUCCAUGAGGUGUGGCCAAAUCUACGGAAAGGCCAGUUGCCAGAAAAGUUUGAAAAGCAGUACCCCUUUGAGGAAGCCAUAAUCAGAAAGAUGCUAUCAAAUGAUCCUAAAAAGAGACCCACAGCUAUUAAGUUAAAGGAACUGCUUGACAUAAAGCAUCAUUUUGAUAACAAAACUUGCUAACCAAGACAAAUCCUAUGUGUCAGAUAUUGAUUGCACGUAGCAUUUUUACUGUUGGGACCUUGUUUUUAUAUAUACUGAUCUCUGCAGAUACAACAGUUUCUGGCUCCUAAAACAAUCAUCAUUAACAAAUAGAACAUUGAGAGCAACUGCUCCCAUUCAUUAUGUCAUCUAUUAUGACAAGACCCACACAAAUAAGAAAGCUGGUCUCUUCCAGCCUCCAAUCCUCUAAGCCCAGGGAUCACAUAAUGGGACACACUCCAUCAUUAUAUAUCUACAAGUCACCUUGGGUCUCCAACUACAGUGAAAUGCAAAGGACAAAUCAGAAACUCAAGACCACUAUCUCUACAUCUGACUGAAUAUGAAUACGAAACUGCUUCCUCUUCUAAACCAUUGAUGAUGAAGAAAUUUUGAAUUUUAUAUGGUCACCUCCGGAUCAAUGCUUGUUGGAACUCAAAUGCAUUUUUACAAAUUCACAGUAUAAGCCACCUGCAAGUUAUCAUAAAGUUUAUCAUAAACAUUUCAUGGACACAAUAAAAAUCCUAAGAAUUUACUGCAAAC